GUGUAAACAUGGGAGGAGAAGAUUAAUUUACCAAACUUGCCACUUUUCCUUCAGUCAGUGUUUUUGCCGGUCAUUCAGUAAAUAUUGUAUUUACAUUCAGGCGUUUCAUCCUGCUACCUAGAGGGUCUUUUCAAAAUAGAGAGAGAAAAAAUAGAAGAUUACGAAAAGAACAGGGGGCGUUUAAGCCUACUGUGUUAAGAUGUAGUUAUACUGGGGAAUGUCAUUUUAUAUCUCAGACAUGUUGGAGACAUGCCCAUUCUGUGGGAAAAGCUUUAAGAGGCUGAAGACCCACCUGCCGCACUGCAAAUAUGCCCCAGUCGCCCAGGCAACACAAGCCUCCAAGAGCCCCAUCACAGCUGCCCACCUGCAGAACUAUCCAUCAUCAGUAAACAAAUCUUCACUACCAUCAUUGGCAUUGCUAGAAACAGCAAAGCGUGGCAAGAAAUCAGCUAAGAAGACUGAGAAACCAUCACCGCCACCAUCAUCUGCAUCAUCCUCACCAACUAAGAAGAGUAAGAAAACACUAGAAUCUUCAUCCACAGCAGCUUUGCCAUCAUUACCAACCACCCAGAAGAAGAAACACAGGCUUGUAGAUGACAUUAAGCCUGUCCCCUUGCCUCCUCUCUCCAUCAACCCCCCCAUCACUAAACCCAAGAAGAAGGGUCUUCAUGCUCCUAAGGAGUACUCGGACUCAGAGACAGGAUCUAAAACACUGAGGGGAACAGAAGCUGCUUCCACAGGUCUAUUGCUCUCCCCAGAGCCCAGUCUGGCUCCAGAUCUCCUGUCAUGUACGUCCCCAGUCUCUCACGGGGACAGAGGACGUCUGGUCACAUCCUCGAAACUCAAAAUGACUGAAAACACAGGUAGCACCAAACCUGCCCUUGACCCUGGCCCAGUUAGACUCCAACCCAAAGAUGCUGCCAAGAAGAAACCACAAAGACAGAAGUCUGGACUGGCAGUGGAGGCAACACCUCCUUCUGUCUCCCAGGGUCCUGGGCAGCAGGGGCUGAAGGAUGGGGGGCUGCAGGGUCCAAGUUGUGGAGACUGUGCCUGGGCUGAAGGUGCAGAGGUGGAGAAGAACAGAGGAUCUUCAGGCAGGGAGGUGGAGAAGAUGGAGAGGUUGCACUGGCCAGGUGUUGAUCAGAUCAGGCCAGUUCUCCAGGACCACACCAUCUUAAGCAACUUAAAUACUGAAAGUCAGACAUCAAUACUAGACCAGAUUAAAUCUACCACUGCAGUCCAGAGUGCGGACCAUCUGUUCAACAUGAUAGACUCUAGGAGACCUGUCAGAGACCUCAGUGAAAGCAGUCAAGCUGUUUCCCUUUUAUGUCCAGUGGAUGUUCCAGUUCUCCCAGCAUCCACCCCUGUACCACUAACGAGGACAGGAAACAAAACCAUAAUGACCAGCCUGCCGUCCAGCCUCACGCGUUCCCCAGGCCUCCUGAACACGUCUCACACACGAGAAACACUUCCUGUUGUCUGGAGCUCCACGGUGCCCCCCUGCCCAGCCCCUGUCAUCAUGGAGACAGCCCAGAGUUUGAGACAGGGGAUGGAGCUCAAGACAAAGGCACAGCAACUUGCAGAGCAGGAAGCUGUAGCAGGUGCUGUGACACAACGAGCUCUAGGGGAAGUGAGACUGAGACAGCUGCCUGGCUGGCUGGCAGACCAACUCCCCAAUCACCCCCGAGAGGCAGCCCACAUGCUUCACAGAGGCUGGCAGUGGUAUUACAGGAGAUACAUCGAUGUCAAGAAAGGAGGUGUUGGAGGAGUGGCUAUGCUGUUAGCAGGGUAUUGUGUUCUCAGCUACACCUGGAAUUACCCACACAUCAAGCGAGACCGCUGGAGGAGAUACCACUGAGGGGGAGGAGAUUGUGUGGAUAUCAGAAGCACCCCUCACCACGGUCAGACAGGCUGGCCUCAGAAGAAGACAACACUGACAGGAUACACACCAGUACACGUACAGUACUAGUGUCUGAAGGAUGUCUGCACUGCCUUCUGGUUUUCUUCUUAGAAGGAUGUCAUUUCAGAAGAGAAGCCAUAGGUCCAGAACCUACACAUUGGUUCACCAAGUCAUUCACAAUGUAAAUUAAUUCAUGUUUAUGUACAGGAAUUACUUGGAUUUCUGCAUGAAUUGGUGGUUACAUUUGAUCAGAUGAUCAGAUUUUUUACUAAGUCAGCAAUUGACAGUCUUCUUCAACUAUUGAUACACCAGAAAUGAAAAGUUUUCACCUCUUUAGUUUCAGGCAUGGUUCACAUCAGGUAAUUGUUGUGACACUUGACACAAUGUCAAGUGUCACUGGGCAGGAUAGCUCCUCCAACACCUCCCAUCUCUCCUCAUUGAUCUGGCUCGAGGUAAUCUGUCUCCUGAUCCCUCUAAAUGGUUGAAGCAGACUGUUUUAUUGUUGUUAAUUAAAGAUCAGAUCCAAUGUAUUGACCACUUUAGAGAAAUCCAGAUGAUUAGAACUUUUUUAUGGCAACUGGACAGUUCCACAGUUCCAACAAACUACCUAGAGUCCAGUAGGGGUCAGUAUUGGAGCAUUUUCAUUCAUUAAGGCCACAGUGGGCUGUACUGCUUCAGUUCGUAGGUUAUGUUACUGUGGUUCUGCUGUCCAUAGACUACCUCAACAUCUAAUGUCAAAGGUACAGAACAUGUUGGUAGUGUGAAUGUUAAAACCGUAGUCCAAGUAUGAGAUAAGGGACAGAUAUGGGGCAUGUAGUCUACUCAGACUGUUAAAUGUAUUACUGCAGUAGAUAACUUCUGUGAUUGUAUUCAUAAAGAGUUUAUUAUGGACUUAACUCUGAAGUGAACACACAUUAACUAGAACUGACAGUCAUUUGUAACAAUAUUGUUUGGAAAUUUUAAUUGCCAACAGAAUACAAAAUUACUUUGC